CAUUUGAGUCCAAAAGAAAUCCAAUCUCUCUUCAUGUACACGCUCUCUCCACUGAAGGGUUGUGCAGCCAUAGCUGGUCUUUGUCUCAUCUUUCUCAGCUACUGCUAUCCUUCACACCUCACCAUUUGAGUCCAAAAGAAAUCCAAUCUCUCUUCAUGUACACGCUCUCUCCACUGAAGGGUUGUGCAACCAUCGCUGGUCUUUGUCUCAUCUUUCUCAGGUAUUGUAAAUCUCUUUCGGCACCUACCGCUAUCCUUCACACCUCACCAUUUGAGUCCAAAAGAUAUCCAAUCUCUCUUCGUGUGCACGCUCUCUCCACUGAAGGGUUGUGCAGCCAUUGCUGAUCUUUGUCUCAUCUUUCUCAGCUGCUAUUCUUCACACCUCUCCAUUUGAGUCCGUUAGCUAUCCAAUCUCUUUCCGUGUGCAUCUCGAUUGAAGGUUUGUGCAGCCAUUAACGUUCAUUGUCCCCUCUUUCUGAGGUCAGUAUCUCAUCCCAUUUUCUCUUGUAACUACUUUGCUAUUGAAUUUCUUAAGUGCUUGUUGAUUUGAGCAUAACUAAUCUUUGAAAAUAAAAAUAUUUACAUAUUUUUGUUGAUAUUUUAUUAUAAUCUAUUUUCUGAUUUACUAGGUCAUUAUUUAAUUUUAUUAUUUAUGUAGCCUUAGUGGAAUUUAUUAAAACAAUAUGGAUAGAAGUUGGAUGGCAAAGUCAAGAGUAACAACGGAAUACCAAAACGGACUUCAAUACUUUUUGGACUAUGCUUUUCGAAACACAAGCAUGUAUGAUAAGAUAUUAUGUCCAUGCAAAUGUUGUGGAAUUGGUAUAUUGGUGAAUAGAGAUGAUGCAUUUGAACAUUUGAUGGUAGAUGGAUUUAUUCCUGGGUACAGCCAAUGGAUAGCUCAUGGAGUACUUCCUAGUCGUCUUUCAUCUAGGGGUGAAAAUCAACAUAAUAGUUUGGGCGAUGAUGAUAUGCAAGGUUUAGUUCAUGAUGCAUUUGGAGUUCCAAAUGAAGAUGGAUCUACAGAAGAAUAUACAGGAUCUCCGAUGGAUGCAGAAAUUGCUAAUGGGCAAGCAAAAGAAUUUUAUAAGUUGAUCGAUAGUUCGCAAGAACCAUUAUAUGAAGGAUGUUCUAAAUUCUCAAAACUAUCAUUCAUAAUUCAUUGGUUGCACUCAAAGUGUAUUGGGAGCUUGAAUAAUAAAGUAUUUGAUAUGCUUUUAGACCUAUUAAGAGAAGUUUUUCCAGAUGCCAUAGUUGGUCUGCCAAAGUCCUACUAUGAAGCUGAGAAAUUGAUGAAAAAACUAGGACUUGGCUAUGAAAAAAUUCAUGCUUGUCCAAAUGAUUGCACUUUAUAUUGGGGGAAAAUGAAACACGAACUUCUUGUGGCACAUGUCAUCUGCCAAGAUGACGUACUUCAGAAACUCUUACAGCUUGCCCUUUGUGUACUUGCGAAGCACAAAUUCUUUGUUGUCUUUGUUGUGCUUCAAGCAUUGCCUCUAGUCGAGCAACUUUUUCUUGUUACUCCAAUAGUAUACGGUUCGAUGUACUGUUAGGAGUUCCAUUCCAUAUAUCCGAGGGGCAAACUCCUUGGCCCAUCAUCCUUACGGGUCCUGGUUUAUCCUUCCCCAUUAUUUGUGCAAAUACAUCAUUCGGGGCAAUUGGAUCUUAAGAACCUUCAGGAAGUUGAUCACUACAUUGUACCAUUUCUGACUGUGUACAAGAAUUUUAAAAUUAAUGCACACAUUAAAAUUUCAUAAUA